AUGGCUGAAAGUGAGACCGAGCCAACCAGCACAGGCCCCGACGCGCCCAACGGACCCGAAGCCCGCUCCUCAAGAAACAAGCAACAUUGGCCGCAGGGAGAAUUGGCCGUCGGAGGUUUCAGUAGACUCGAAAGGAAGUUUGGUUCGCAUGCGAACGCCGAUGAAGAUCCGUUCCCGAGGCCUACUCAAGAAACUUUUUCCAAUGAACAACUCAACGUGAAGAAAGAUCUCUUGAGCAAGCUACGCUCGAAUCUUCUGCCGCAACUUAGACACCACACCACGACUCUUUCACGAUCAUUAGACCCAGAUCGCUUACAACAAGAUCCGGGCUUACAUCUUAAAAUCAUUUUGGAGCUCCAAUCCGACAUCGACCAGACUUUGAAUCAAGUUGCAUUUACGAUUUACGCGGUCUGCCCAGAUCCAGAAUCAUCUCUGACAACGCGAAUCAAUGAUCGACAUCUCAAAGAAUUCAAAUUCUUUCGAACAGAUGGCCUGCACUGUCGGAUCGCGGAUGAAUUUUGUCCAGAGUUAUGUUCGAUUUUCAGCGAAGGCAAGGAUCUUAUUCAGCAAAUGGAACUUUCAACAACGAAGUACCCCCACGCAACUCACAUAGCUUCAAGCACAGAAUCAAUAAAAUACCACACGUGGUGCGCCUUGUUUGAAAUCGAUUCGGCAAUUGAAUGGUUAGAAGGAUCUGAGUUUGACCUUGUACGACGUGAUUGGCCAAUGGAGGUACGCGGCAUCAAUCAGUAUCUGGAAUUUCUCGGGGAGAUAAUCAAUCGAACGGCGCACUUAAACGAAGCAAAUACGAUGUCUACUCCAGAACCCUUGAGCAACCAAGCCAUUCAGCUAUACAAGUCGCUAUUGCCGAGCAUGAAGCUAUCCCGAAUGUUCUUCAACAAAGUAGUGAACCGAGCAAUGAGCCGAAAACGCCUCCCGCUGUUCACAGAAAUGCGCUCCGACCAGCUGCGAUCUAUCGGCGAAUUGGCCGAAUUAGUGUGUUCUGAUCUCCACGAUAUUAUGGAUGCAUUGAAAACCGCCGACUCAUUUGGCCCCGCAGUCACUCAUUUCAAAUGCAAUCAAAUAACCAAACGGCUCGAGGGCCGUUUUGAAUCUGCUUUAUUUCUCAUACUCCUUUACUUUGCUCCUCUCAUUCCGGACCCCGAGGGUUUUCCAGUUCAAAACGACUUCAAGGCUUGGUUUGCUACUUGGUACACUCAGUUCACUGUGGCCAUUCAACACUUUAGUAACGCUGUCGACUCAUUCAAUCCCAAUGUUGCAUAA